AUAUCUACUACACACUUACAAAACCUUACCGAGAUUUUUGUUAAGUAUAACGUCUACGAGAGGCUUAGAGUCCACCUCAUCCAUGGCCAUACCAAGGUUGUAGCUGGCAACGUGAUACUGGGCCAUUCCUUUAUAGAACCUUCGGGUCGCUGGGCGAAACUAAUCCGGAUAGAAGAGGUUAAUCUUGCAGACAUAUACGGACAUAUCUUUAAGCUCGUCGACGGAGGUCGCUUUAUAGCUUACGAAUAUAUCAAGGGAAAAGCAAGCCCUCUACCCGAUUUAUUCGAAGUUAAUAGUACCUUCCUCCUGGAACUCGCCGAAUAUCUGAUUACAAAUAACCUUUUAAAGCUUAUCGGACUUCAAGUUAUUGAUCCAAAUCCCAUAUAUAUAUUAGAGCUCAUUCUCCCUCAAAGAACUAUUAUACUAGAUGUCUCUAGUACUGGCUGGAAGUUCGAAAGUAAGGAUAGCAAGCUAUAUAUAUAUCAGGCAAAUAAGACGUAUGGCCAGUAUACUAACGGUCAUGACAUUUAUAACAAAGGCAGCCCUUAUCCAAAGCUGGAAACGUUUGAGGAUAUUAAGAAUAUACUUAUAGAAGUUGGAAUUCUCGAUUAG